AUUAAAUACUGACAAAUCUCGGAGCCAAACGGUCGGAUGCGGAUCACGUCGCAGCUACGGGGUCUGCACUCACGGCGCAUGCUGCUGCUGCGCCUCGCCAUGGCGCUGUCGUUUGUCAUUUGUCUCUGGCGCAACGCUGCGAACGCACUCGCGCUCGACGACGUCCGUCAGCGCCAUCCCACCGUCAUGGUCCUCCCCCGCGAAGCCGACCAGCUCUACUGGGUCGUGGUCUUUUUCCUCUUUGGCUUUAUCGGGCGCGAGUGCAUCGUGCCGUGCGCCGACUUGCCCCUUCCGCAGCUCGAAAUUCUCUAUACACUCACGAGUCUCGGGCUCGUGCUCCAAACCGUUUGCUUUGAAGCGGCGAGCGCCGACUGUAUGGUCGUCGCCUUUGGUGCCAUGUCGGCGCUCUGGCUGAGUAUGUUUGCCGCCUACGUGCUCGUGCUCGAGAACGUCGAGCCGCCCCAUGUGUUCGCAACCUUGUCGAUUCACAAGGACGUGGGGUACCCGUGCCGCCGCGUCUCUGACUAUCUCUGGAUGCGUGUGCCCUUCACGCUGUACGCAAGCUGGCUCGGCGCGACGACAAUCGCGAGCCUUACGGUGGCGCUGGCGACCGUCGGCGUCCCGCUCGACAUGUACAUUUACAUCAGCUGCUUUAGCACGCUGCUCAUGGCCAACGUGGUUGCGCUGCUGUGGCAAGGCGACUUGGUCUUUGCAUCGGUGGGCGCAUGGGCAUUCGUGUGGCUCGAGAUGAAAUCCGCGGGUGAAAAGACGCUGGUCGUCGCCAACAGCGACGAGUUUGCAGCCAUUUCCGCCAUCCAAGCCAUGGCCACGCUGGGUCUCUGCGUGCUCGUGUCGCUCGCCGUCAUUCUUUUGCUCGUGCGCUUUUACGUGCGGCGGACGACGCAAGCGCGUUCUCAGUUCAACGCACCUUACUACGGGUCGACAUCCUCGACGCCCUGCUAGAGCCAUGCCACGACCGACAUUCUAUCUACCUUUUGGUGCGAUGUCGCGGUAGUCGGCAGAGAUAACGCAACCAACUGCAUUCAUUAUGACGCGUUGGGUGUUAGUAGACUGAGUA